GAGAGCUGGGGGCGGGGCCGUCGCAACGGCCGCGCGGCCCGGGGGAGGGGGAGCGGGCCCGGAUGAGGAAGUGAUGUGAGCGGGCUGCGGAGCGGCGAGGAGCGGCGCGGCCGCGGGGUAAACUGUGAAAGGCUCUGGGCAGAGGGCCUCCAGCUGCCCCCAUGCUCUCAUCUGGGGUGGAAUGUCUCCUUGACUCCUCUGCCUGCACUGGCACUGAGGACCUGCACAAGGGGCUGCCGCUCAGCAUCCCCGCCGGCCUUAUGGCUGUGUCUGAGGCCGGUGCUGGAUUAGAUGCAAAACCCGAUGUGUCCUUACCUGAGCUGGCACACAGUAGUGAGCUGUCAUCCGAGCACCACAGGACUUGGGAGGCAAAAGGCUUUGGAGAGGAGGCAGAGCAUCUGGAUGAUGUGGUCAGAGGGGUUCAUCGGGAGCCAGCAGAACCACUUACGGAAGAAUUACUGCAGGACGAGCAUGCUCAACAGCAUGAAGAAAACAAACGAACUCGUAGGAAACAAGACUGUUCUAGCGGUGAAUACCAGCAAGGAGGUGAAGAGGCACAAGAUGCUGAGGAAGACCAUGCGGAAUGCUGUGCUCUAAAACGUGGGGAAAAAUGGUUAAAACAAGAGGAUCCUCAUCUAAACAAGCAUGAGGUAAAUUCUUCAGCAACUUGUGGCACCAAAAUAGCAGGAUCUCUGAAGAGCAAAGGAGAAAACCAAGCAAAUUUUCAGGUGACAGCUGAAACUCUCCCAAAGCUUACUGAAGAAGCACAAGGUAUGAAGGCUGACGGGACUAGAAUAUUUAGUAAAGCAGGAUACCAGAAUGGCAGUGUGAGUAAAGGUCUUCCACCUGAGAGUGACAAAUGCCCAGAUGUAGACACAGUCAUGGCUAGAGCUGGGGUUUCAGAAACCACCGGGUUAGAUUUCAUAGAGCCUUUAAAAGUUAUGGACAUGGAAUCAACAACAGAACACUCACAAGAAAUAAGUGAAUAUAAUGGGUUGAAAGCCCAUGCUGACACGUCAUUGAGAAUGAGGGGCAAUGUUGUAUCUAUUUUGGAGACUACAGAAGAAAAGUUACCUAGACAAAAUCUUGUUAAUGAAUUCAAUACAUCACUUGAUAAUUGCCAGACUUACCAGCAGGAUGAAGAAAACAAUGCUUGUGACUUCUGUACCGUUGUUCCACCUAAAGGUAAUGAACCUGUUAGGUUAUCAUCAGUAGAAAGUUGUAGAAUGCUCUCCAUAAAAAAUUCUGAAGUUAUAUGUUCGGUUCUGGAAAGCGUCUGUUAUCUGGACUUUAGAAAUAUGUCACUAGACAACAACAGCACUGCAAUCCAUGGAAUUAUUAAUGAAACCGCAAAAAAGCAUCUUCCUGAAAGCAUGGCAAGUCAGACUAAUUAUGAUCACAGAACUGGAUUUGUAGAGGACUCCACCUCCAAAUCCAUGCCGGUAGAGCAUCUCUCAGUGCUAAGGAAUAAACAAUUAUCUAGCGAUAAAACGGGUGAUAGGGAAACAAAUGAUAGUACAGGCAAAUCAUACAGCUCUGAAUUUGAAGAGGCUGCUGAAAUCCAGAGAGAGAUUGCUGUGGGAGGUAACGCUGAAGCUCAAGAGAGUGCUGAUUCUGAGCAUUGUCAUUCUUCAGUUUUCAGUUCUAUUGCUUCAUCUUCUGAGGAGUUCUCAAAAGAAAAAUUAAAAAUGAUCCCAUCAGAAGCCAGUAAGUGGGAAAAGAACCAGUUGCAAUUCUCUGUCAGUGAUCUAUGCAAGGAUGAUGCAAAAGGAAGUAGCCUACUGAAGGAAAUGAACAGCGUUGCUUCCCAUGAAAUUGGACAGACAGAUGUAUGUAUUUAUAAGUCCUACAGUAAAAUUUCUACUGUCAGUAGCCAUGACUGUCAGGAUCUUUCUGCCAAGCUAGAAGAAGGUUCACCUGAGGUACAACUGCUUGAAAAGGAAUCUCAGAGUAAUACAGUGUUAGAGUUUUCUGGCAAAGAAACUAAUUUGAUUUAUACACUAAAUGUAACUCUACCUCCUGUUACACAAAAAUCAAGAGAACCUCACUGUGAUGAGUGUCUAUUUUGUACUGCUCAUGAAGUUGCAAGCAAGGACAAGGCUGAGGAUAAUCUAUCUGGAAAAGAGUCACUUGGUUCUUCUGGGGCUACAGAGGAACAACUUGCUGAAUUUGUGCUGCAUAAAGACAAAUUCCAGUCCUCAAUAAAUCCCAAGACUUCUGGUGAAUCUAGUGUGACAAGCAACAUUUCCCAGAAGAACAGGAAGUCUUCAGAAGGGAAGGUAGAGAGUGUAGACACUGGUUUAGAAAAUGAACAUAGCAACACAUGGAAUUCUAGUAAUCAGAGUUCAAAAGACCAGCAUACAGCUGCCACUGCUUCCAGUAUCUUAUCAAGUAGAACACACAUAGAUGAUGUGGUCCUGAACAGUCAUUUUUUUAAGGCUGAUGUUGAGAUGAAGAUUGAUGAAAAUGAUAGUUUGGAAGGAGAAGCUUCAGCUGGAUAUAAUAGUAAAAAGGCAAUCAUUUUUCUGGAAGAACAUUGCCCUUUGGCAUGCAGAUGUCUUCCUUAUCAAGAUGACUGGGGCAACAGAUGUGUAGCUCUGCAUGGGAUAAAUGAUAUUUCCACAGAAAAAAGCAUGUUUUGUCUAACUUAUGCUGCAGAGGAGUCUACUGCUACCUUGGUAGGAGAUGAGAUUUCAAAUAAGAAUAUGAAAGCUGAAAAUACGAAACAAUUUGAUCUUUGUAAAUUAACAGACAGCAGUGAAAUUAUUUGUGACAAACAUGAGGCAAAAGACCAAGUUAGCACGUGUGCUGUCCCUGCAGAUGAAUUUGAUAAAAUAAGGACUCUGAGUUCUCCAAAAGUUCCUGGAGGCAAUUGGAGAAGUAAGACCAGUGAACAGCUAUUAGUCAGAUAUUUGAACAAAAAAAAUUGUGUUCAUAAUUUUGGAUUUUGCAACUCUCCCUUAUGCCCGAAGAUGAGAGAACUAGGCACAUCUGAGAAGAAAGGAAUGUCAUCGCUCACAGCUAGUUCUUCUGAGUACAGCUCUUCAAUCUGUGCUACAUGUCCGUUACUCAACAAUACGAACAUGCAAACAGAAAAGACCCUUUCUGCAAUUGAAAAUCAGUUUCUUGCACAUCCGAGUGAGUUCUAUGACCUAGUUCCAGGCAGCAAGCAACAUCUAGAAACCUUAAAUAAAAAGCCAGACACUGGUUUACAAUUUAUCGCUACUUCUGCAGAGGAAACUAAACUGUCAAUGAGCUCUGGCCAAUAUGAAGAGAGACUGUUAAAAAAAGGUGAUGACCUGACUCUGUUAGUUGACAAACACGUAAGAGAAGAUGGUUUUCAAAGAACUGUAAAAGAGAAUGUAGUGGAUUUUGAGUCUUCAACUGGUUUAAGAAAUGCAGACUGUUCAGGAUGCAUGGGUUCCAUCGGUGAUCUAAUUCAAGAGAAAAUGAAAAAACUAAAAGAGAAAGGGAACAGCUGUGGAAGCGAAGAUAAGGAAACCCUUGAAGAAAGCCUUUCUGAUAGCAGAUCACAAUGUUCACAGCAUGCUUUGUCCAUCAAAUGCGUGAAAGACAAAGCAGAGCUAGUGUUUUCAGGAAAUAAAAUGCAGCAAUCCUUGGCAAAGAUGAAGUGGUUAAUUGGGGACCAGGCAAAUACAGUUAGUGCCCCAUUUUUGCCCUUCUCAUCAAUUCACAGGAGUCUGUUUUACAAGCCAGAAAAAAUGCAUGUACUUUCACAGAUGGAAAACAAAAGACUGAGAAAAAAAUCUAUCUUAAAUAACUCUUGCUCACAGUUGAUGUUGGAGCCUGGUAAAGAAACAGAUGCUAAAAAGGACGUGGGUCCAUCCCAUUUUGUGAAGUUUAACAUCCAAGACUCUUCUAAUGAGACUCACAGGGAUUCAGAAACACCAUCAGCUCUGAACUUAGGAAACUCAUUGCCUCAGAAAGAAAAGCUAUGCGUGUCAUCUGAGAAUACAGACAUAGGUAACAGUGAUUCAUCUUCAGAUGAAAUUUGUAGCAAAGGUUCUUCAGAGACAAAACCUCUUUCUGUAACAAUGUAUGUUAAGAGCAGAGCUAGCAAUACUGAAAUACCAUCUUCAGAGGAUGAAAAGGCAACUAGCUCUCUGAAAGGUGCAAAAAGUUCAGGCGUUCAUGCAUGCAACAAAGAAAGGCAGAGAGAUGAGAGGCAUAGUGUGCUAACUGCAGAAGUCAUGGAUGUGACCUUACCAAAAAGUGCUGAUUGUGGAGAGAAGUUGAAGAAUGUAUGUGUAGAAGAGAAGCUGGAAAGAGAAGUGUCUCACAGAAAAAAGUUGCCCAUACAUUCUUUCCUUGAUGGAGAAGAUUGCUUAUGGACCUCAUUAGAAGGUUCAAAAGAGUCUAGUAGCAAAACAGUUACUGUCAGUACUGAGAACUAUGAAAAAGGUUUUGAAGAAAUCCCAAGAUCUGACCUAAAUAGUCUUUCAAAGGAAAGAAACGCUACAAAGCCUACAAGCUUCACUGAUACCAGUUCACUUUCAGAAGCUGUGCAAGAUUAUCAAACUGCAGAUGCAUCUGACAGAGAUGCUUCACCAGAAUUCAAAAACAAUAAAAUAAGCAUGCUAUCAAACAGUUGCAAAGAAUCAUUACCAAAUUAUGUAGUUCGAUGUGAAGUAUGUGUGCCUUACAAAUUAAAUGCACAGAGCAGAGAUAAUGCAAAGGAAAUUACAGGAUGUCAAGACACUAUACCAGCUCAUUCAGUUUCCACGGAAAAUGAGACUUCAGAUUCUGUGAGACUUGAUAGAGUAGAGAAAUGUCAGGCUCUUAAACGAAAGAAAAAGUAUGAGGAGAUUAAAGUGCAUGGGUCAGACAAGGCAAAACAAGAAAAAAAGGCAGAAUACAAAGUGAAAGCAAAAGUUACAUUGCAUCCAAGCAUAUUAUACAGUUCUGAACUUUUAUGCAGUUCUUCAAAUGAGUUGGUGAUGUCAAGAAAUACAAAGUUUGAAAGUCCUUCAGAGGACAUUUUUGUCAUUAGAAGCAGUGAAAAUAAACUGUGUAGCACUUUACAAGAAAUCAAAAGGCCAAAGAUUACCACUGAUACUAUUAGUUCAUGUUUUUUAAAGACUCAGGAUUCAGAAAUGGAAAACCUGAACCUUAAGUCAGGUUAUAAUGGAAUUCUUGGUGCCUUUGGAACUAAAAAUAAACUAAGAGGACCUCUUCCAUUAAAAAUACAGCCUGGAAGAACAUGCAAAAAAGUUCCCACAUCAUAUCAACUAGAAACUGUAAGAAAAAUAAGAAAACCUAAAAGUUCAGCUUUUUUGGAGCCUCCCUCAGAAAUGCCCCCUAAACAGGAAAACACAGUCCUGAAAUCUUUGUACUUUGCCUGUAAAUCACCAACAGUGAAAAAGGAAAUAGCCAUGAGAUUCGUCCAUAUGCCAAGGGAGAAGGCCAAGAGGUGCAGUUUGCUGAGCAGCUUGAAAUUCAGAAAAUGUACCAAAGAGCCAGCGCUACUGAGCAAGCUGUCUGCAAUAGCCAGCAAAUUACUGGAACCUGCCACAAGCAUCCAUAGCUUGGAAACUCUGCCGUAUUCUUCUGAAAUUCUUCCAGUGGCUGCAAGGUACGGCCAACAUAGAUCUAAAAAUCUAUUGGAAGCUGUCUCCUGCAUUAACAGGAGCUUACACUCACGCUGGGCUGACAGUUGGUGUACCAAGAUGUUCAGCUUUCAAUCUUUUGCACUUUAUUCAGUAGGAUCUACCAAAAUACCUUCUUUAGACUUGAGCAACAAUUCUCCUUCUUUCUUGGAUACCCCAGUGUUCCCAAUUUCUUUUCAUGUAAAAUUGGACUCCAGUUCUGUGACAGACCUCACAUGGACUACAUCUCAGCACUCUGCACAUCGCAGACUGGUUUUGGAAGAAAUGCCGGCACCACCUUCAAAGUGGACUUUUCUCCUGUCUCAGAGCUGUUCAGAUGCAACAGCAGUCAAGGAAGAUUCCAGUCAAGAUCAUGAGCUGCAUUCCCCUCUCUCCGUAACAACCCCAGGAGUUGUUGCACUUCAUCCUGACCACGGAAGAAAUGCCAUAGCUAAAAGAACAGGAAGUUGCUCCAUGCUUGGCCUUCACACAGUGUUAGCACUUUCUUCACCUGGAUGUUACAGGAUUUGGACAAGAAGAAGAAACUUAACCAGUCAUAUUCCUACCAUCCAGAGACUAUUUAUAUCCCAAUUUACCCAGGGCUUGAAAGGGGCAUCUAAUGUAUCAGAUGACCUGGUCUCUUCCUUGCCGUACUCCUUGGGCAGGGCGCUAUCCAUAUGGAGUCAGCAUGGUCCUUCUGCCUGUCCCUCCGAAAUCACUCCUCUUCAUUCCAAUCACUGCAAGUGGCAGCCAAGUGUGGGCAUCGAGAACAGCUAUGCCAUAUUACCACGCUUACCUGUACAGAGUAUGGGAGCACUACAGACUGCAGGUCAUGACAUAUGUCUGGAACCUUCAUUCCCUCUUCCACUACCAAAGUCUUGCUUGCUUUCGGAAGCACUGCCCCCUAGGCUUCCAGAACCUGACCUUCAGGUCCAUGCCCUUGAUGAAGCAGAUACUUCCAUUCCAGACUGUUUUAGAUCCCAAGAUGACACAGAACUGAAAAAAACUGACCCAGAAAAGAGGCCAAAGAAAGUCUCACAGAUCCGAAUCAGGAAAACUAUUCCUAGGCUAGAUCAUAACCUUACUCCAAUGGGACUACCCAAACCAAAAAGGCUUAAGAAGAAAGAAUUUAGUUUAGAAGAAAUUUACACAAACAAGAACUACAAGUCCCCUCCUCCAGCCAGGAGUUUGGAAACAAUCUUUGAAGAGCCCAAGGAAAAAAAUGGACUCUUGAUUUCUGUCAGCCAGCAGAAGAGAAAGCGGAUUCUGGAGUUUCAGGACUUCACUGUACCUCGGAAGAGAAAGGCACGAGGAAAAAUCAAAGCAGUGGGAAGUUUCACUCGAGCAAAAAAAGCUGCACCACCAAGUGCGGAGUUAGAUGCCCUUCUGAGUCAGAAGCUAAUGGACCUCGAAGAAUUUUUUGCAAAGGAGGAUGAGCAGGAGCUGUUGUGUAGCACUGGAGGGAGCCGUGAGCUGAAAAUGGUCCAGUGAGCUACUUUACUAUGUAUUAUAGUCCUGUUGGGAGGAAUCUACUGAUUUCUUCAUACCUUACUCUACCACUCUCUUCUAAUAUCUCAUGAUCAAGUAUUGGCUGUGACCCUCUAAGGUGCUAUUUAAUCUUUUUUUUUUUUUUUUUUUCCUACUGGAGGGAUUCUCUUAGGGUCACAUGUGACUUAGCAUUCCUUCCCCAACCUCUGGAAGUUAUGGCUAAUGUUCAGUUAUGUUUCAAGACCUUUUAAGGGUAGAGUAAGAGUAUCAGGGAGGAAGCAGCUCACCUUCCAUGAUGCUGGGACUCUGUACUCCAAAAUCUUUGCACAUUGAAUCUGCUGUUACUACUGUAAUGGCUGUUUGAACAACCUGACAGGCAAGUAUGUGGUGUUUGGUAAAGAUAAAUUUUAGCCAACACGUUCUUGAUAUACCACUAAAUUUUUAAUAAUUAAAAAUAGCAUUCCUAUCUUACUUUCAAUUAUUUCUUCCUUCUGUUUCUGUAGAAGGUUCCUUCUGAAUUUCUGUGCCCUUCCUGGCUUCAGGCAGCAGAAGCUCCACAUAACUAGACUUUAAUGAACUUGCACUUUGUAUAUCUUAGUUUAUUUGCAGCAUGAGGACCCCUUUUAACACAACUGUGAGUACAAAACAAAAAAAAAAGUAAUACUUUCAGAAAAGAUGAUGCCCGCUGCUGUUUUUUUCCCAAACAGUGAGUUUUUACCAAAUUGGCUGAUGCUUUAUACCCCUUCUCCAGAGGCAAAGCCUAUGAGUACGUUAAGCCACAGGGUAUGGAAGCUGAGCAUUUUAUUAGCUGAGCAGAGCUGCUGCGUACAAGAAGCACCAGAAAAACCUUUGAGACUCAUUUUGAACCGAUUUUAAUUUCAGGUAAAAUAUCAGCUUGAUUUUAACACCCGUUUUAGGUUUGCAAUUCAGAUAGCUCCCACUUAGAUACUCUGUGUACAGCACUGCUGUACGCAAUAGCUAGUGUUGUACAAAAAGCCUCCUAGCACGUGAAAAACUUUUUUUUCAUAAAGUGAGGCCAUUUGUCAUUAGAUGAUACAGCACCGGGCAAUUUCUCAGCCAUAACUUUUAAGAGAAGAGCGUUUCUUUCUGGGAUAACUUCUGUUAAACUUACUUGAAGCAUAAUUCAAAAUGAAUGCUAGCUGCAGUACAGGUAAUUUCUGUCCUCUAGUGCCUAUAGAAGUUAUUCAUGCAAAGCUGACUUUGCUAGGAUGCUCAAUUGAACUAGUUUAUUCUUUCACUUGUCACUUAAAACUUGCACUUUCUUAGUUACCUAUCCAUAUAGUAACGUUUAUAUUCACAUUCAGAAUAAGCAAGUAUCUAGUGGGCAGGUAUUUUAAUGAAGUCUCAGUAGAUGAAGGCCUGAAAAUACCAUCACUAUCUUCUGCUGCUCUGCCAUUUCUGUUACUGGCCUAACAGAAAACUCCAAAAUUAACAAGCAAUCUGUUGAAUUCCAGAGUUUGGAAAGUAGAGAGAUGGAAGAAGAAUAUUAUGUUCUCUGUGCCUGAAUCUUGAAAGAAAUGGUUUUUUUGUUUUGUUUUUUUUCUCUCAGUUUAUAUGCUGGGAUUAAUGAAAAUCUGCAUUCUUGUUUUGGAGGCUGAUUAAUCAGGAAGACUCAGGAAAAGAGAGAGGUGCAGACUUAGAGUAGUGGUAAUUUGGAUUUUGAGGAUAAAAUAACAAGAUGGGUAAACUUCAAACUUAUUGACAUAAAAUUUCAGCAGCAAGGUCUGGUUAACCUAAUUGAGCUGCUGGGGGAACAUUUUAAUUGAUCUUCUUUAUUUUUAUAGAAAUCCCUUAAAAAAAAAAUCAACUGUUUCAAAAAAUAUUUGAAGCUUUCUCUAUGUCAGCUUAUUACCCAAAUAUUGACUGGCUGGAAGCUGUUGCAAGAGUGAUAUAUAUACACAAAUAGAUAGAUAUAUUUUUAUGGUUUUAUGCCGUAGAAUGGGAUUGUGACACAGUGUUAAUUAACCUUCUGUUAAAAUGGGAGGCUUUUACUGCUGUGACAGAAUUGAGCUGUGUAACCUCACUGGGGCUUUUAAGAAAACAGUAUGGAUGAGAGGGAGGGAACUCGGGUCCAAGCAAAGUUCAGGCUUCUGAUAUGGAACUUUUUUUUUUGUCUACUUUCUUGCUCUGUCUUGUUUCUAAUUGCUUUGAAAUAACACUUCUUAACUUUUUAAUAGUUACAGCAGAGGGAGCAUAGGAAAGAAAACACUUGAUCCCCUUUUAUUUACAGUAAUUGGAGGAGUUAGAAAAUGAUGUAGCAGUUGCCUAGCUUGUCCCAGACCUUAGAGUUUGUGGAUUAUUCUGAUCUAAUAUUUGUAUGAUAGAGUUGUAAGCUAAUUGAGACAAAGCAUUUCUUUUCUUCCUCCCCACAUCCCCCUCAGGAACAGAUGUCAGUCAUGCGUGCACUUUUUUCCCUCUCCCACCUCUGUCCCUAUUUACAACACUCGUGGAACAACCUUGUUCCUUGUGGCUGUUCUUUGUACACUGGGAGCAGUGAUGGUGCAAAGGUAGGUAACUGCCACUCUGAGCUGCUUCUGUCUCAGAUCAUUGAAGGAAAAAAGUACAGAGAAUGUAUGUUUAGGGGUCGUAAAUACUUCCCUAGUGGAAGAAUAUGUACAACUCUCUUUUCAUAGAGAGAGCCUACUUCAGUAAUUUUUUUUUUCUUGUAACAUCAUGGAAAGACAUUUGUACAUAUUGCUCAUGGAAUGAUGUCUAGAGCAGCUUGAGAAGAAAUGCAAAGCUUUUGACACGUACCAUCUCAUAGCAGUUAUUUUUCAGAGACAGGCAGCUUUUUUUGUUUUUUUUUUUACUAAAUUAGCUGAUUAUGAGGGUUAGAUUUUUUUUCUUAAAAACGUAACAUCUUAUUUUCAUCGUGCUGCAACUGGAGCAGCUAAGACUACUUAAUGUACAUUAGAAAGUUUGCCUGCCUGGCCUUGUGGUUGCAUACAUUUGAGGUCUAAUGCUUGCUGGAUAUGAUCUUCUGCAAGCGGUUCUCAUUUAUUGCAUUUCAUGUGAGUUGGGCCUUUGGCAUAUUAUGUUCCAGGUGCUCUUCUAGGAUAUGGAUGCUAACUGUGGAUUAAAUGUCUAAAUGAUGCUAUCAUGUCAACAAAUAGCUUAAUGAGAAUUUGUACGCCUGUGCCAUUAGCCUCCGUCAAGCUCUUGGCAUUUUAUUUGUUCAAUAUUGUGUGAAUUCAACAUUUUACUGUUUCUUUUGUGUGUGUUUUUAAUUUAUGGAAAUAAAUUUUUCUGAGAACC